AUGUUUGUGAAGGUUUUUAUUUUGUUUUCAGCAUGCCGAUUACUAGAAAGCGAAAUUACAAAGUAUUUAGAAACUCUUGAAGAUUCAGAAGAUGGCUUAGACCUCGGACUCCGAAGUAGAGGUGAAGGUCACUAUUAUCAAACAGCUCGAGAUGUUCUUCGGGGCCUUGAAAAUAGUAUGAAGGUGAGAAUGCCCAGUCUGAUGAAGUGGAUGCUAUCCUCCUCUGUAUUGACAACGAUCAAAAUAUGCCAGACCCUCCUAUUUUGGAAGCCGGAGAAGCAGUACCCGAGUAGAUCACAAGGGAUUUCUAAGCGACCUCUGGUUUGGCGAAAACGGAAUUUGUUACUGCUGAAGACAGCCUUAUUUUUAGGGGAGAAACUCAGAUACGGAAAUUGA